AUGGAGGAGGAAACAAAUUACUAUGAACUUUUAGGUGUUGAAAUUACGGCAUCUGAAAAAGAAAUUAAAAAUGCUUAUCGUAGAAAGGCUUUAAAGGUUCAUCCUGAUAAAAAUCCCAGUCCAGAUGCAGCCAAACUAUUUCAUGCUUUAACACAAGCACAAGAUUUAUUGUUAGAUCCAAAAAAGAGAAGUGAAUAUGAUCAACGACAUCGUGCAAGACAAGAACAAUUGAAAAAAAAGAAAGAGAUGGAUUCCAAGAGAAGACAAGCUCAAGAAGAUUUAGAAAGACGAGAAAAGGAAGCAAAGAGAGCCAAGACCGACCAGGAUCAAGCCAAAGCACAAUAUGAAGCAGAAUUAGCUCGUUUACGUGAAGAAGGUGCUAAAAGAAGACAAGAAAAUUGGGCAACCGAAAACAAUAAGCCUACUGAGCCAGAAACAUCAGCAGAAAAUGAAUUAGGAGCAGUAAAGUUUAAAUGGAAGCGUAAAAAAUAUGAUUUUUCAGAGCAAGAUCUUUAUGAUUUAUUAAAUUCAAUUGCUGAAGUGGAUUCACUAGCAUUAUCAGAAAAAAAGAAAGGAAGUGCAAUUGUUAUAUUUAAAACAGUAGUGGAUGCUUAUAGUAUUAUUACUAAAAAAGAUACAGAUCCUACUUUAUCAAAAUUUGAAAGUAUUUAUUGGGCAACAGGCAAACCACCUGCAUUAGUUGAAAAAAUGAUUAAAGCAGAAGAAUUAAAAAAGGAAGCUCAGGCUGCUUUAUAUGGUACGCAUAGUAGAUUAACUACGGCAACUGGAAAACCUUUAUUUUCAAUUGUAUCACAAUCUUCUUUUUUCAAAAACUUGAGUAAUAUACCCGCUUUUCAGGUAUUAAAAAGUUUAAAAAUAUAA